AACCUGGGAACUGUACUUACUGACAGCUUCCAAGAAUUACACAUUGGAUAGAGAAGAAGGAGGAGAGAGGGGUUGCAUUUGAAUUAUACGUUACGUCUCUUAAAUCAGUCAUACUGUGCUUAAGCUGAACAAGUCGGAUCUCGCCAGGAAUUCUCUCUGGGUCUGUUGGAAAUUCACUGGUAUCCAGGGAAGCUAAACACUGGAAAACAACCCGGCUGCCAACGAUCAGACAGACAGGCACACGGGGUGGAAUUGCAGAGAAAUUCUGUCCGGUUUCUAACUGUAAAAGAGAGAUCUGACCCUGGCUGUCUGGUUUGCUGUGCAGAUAUGCCUGGAUUGUGGAAGUGACCACGCUACCUAGCUGCAAUGGCAUUCCUGAGGCUUCUCUACCUGCUGAUCGCUGGGGCAGCUGCUGUGGAGCCAGACGGACACUUCAACCCAGCUCUGUGUCGCUAUGCGCUGGGUAUGGAGGACGGAACGAUCCGCGAUGAAGAUAUUGUAGCCACCAGCUCCUGGUCUGAUUCCACUGCAGCUAAACACGGCCGGCUGUCUUUGGGAAAUGGGGAUGGUGCUUGGUGUCCGUCAGGCCCGGUAUACCCCAAUAAUGCUGAGUUCCUGCAGGUAGAUCUGAGGAGACUGCACUUUAUCACUCUGGUUGCCACACAGGGUCGCCACGCCAACGGCCACGGCAACGAGUUCGCCCGCGCCUACCGGCUAGUCUACAGCCGCAACAGACGCACCUGGAUCACCUGGAGAGACCGGUGGAACAACGACGUGGUGUCGGGGAACGUGAACACGUAUGACAUAGUUCUCAAGGACUUGGGCCCCCCCAUCAUCGCGCGUUACGUUCGCUUCUACCCCACGGCGGACCGGGUGAUGAGCGUCUGUCUGCGAGUCGAGCUGUACGGCUGCGAGUGGACAGAUGGACUGAAAGCCUACACUUCUCCAAUCAGCCACGUUAUGAAUCUACCAGGUGGCCCUGUAUACCUGAACGACUCGACCUACGAUGGAAACAUAGAUGCUGGGCUGCAGUACGGAGGGCUGGGGCAGCUGUCCGAUGGGGUGCUGGGGCUGGAUGAUUUCACGGAGGCCCGAGAGCUGAGAGUCUGGCCCGGCUAUGACUAUGUGGGGUGGAACCGGGAGGCGGCGGGGGUGGGCUUCGUGGAGAUGGAAUUUGAGUUCCAGGGGAGGCGCACCUUUCAAAGCAUGCAGGUUCACUGCAAUAACCGGUACCAGCAGGCAGUGAAGAUCUUCCGCGGUGUGUCGUGCCUCUUCAAGCCAGACCUGCUGAGGCAGUGGAAUCCGGAGCCGGUCAGCCUGGAGGUGGAGGCGGACGUGCGGGACCCCAGCGCUCGCACCGUGCCUGUGCCCCUGCACGGGAGGAGCGGCCAGAUGGUGCGCUGCAAAUUCUACUUCUCUGACAGCUGGCUGCUCAUCAGCGAGAUCUCCUUCAUCACGGACAUUGGAGGGGAGAAUCUGUCUGAGGAGGAGCCCUCCAAUCCAGCCCCUGCUGCUCCCAGCGUGAUGCCAAGCACCAGCCCCAAAGUGGAGAUCCCGAGCCCUGUCGCCAACACCCCCACCAGCCGCACAACGCUGGGAGGACAAGGCAGGAUGCCAGGCAUGGGGGACAUGACUCUCAACAGCACAAUGGAAGAGGAAGACUGGGCGAUGCUCACCCCGAAGGCGGGACUUCCCGUUGCCAAGGACGACAACAGCCACACCUCCAUCCUGGUUGGCUGCCUGGUAGCCAUCAUCCUGCUGCUUUUGGUUGUCAUCGUCAUCAUUCUGUGGAGACAGUACUGGAAGAAGAUACUGGGCAAGGCACAGAGGCGGAUCUCGGAUGAUGACUUGCGAGUCCACCUUUCAGUUCCAAACGACACGGUGGUCAUCAACAAUACCCAGAAUCCCCUGAGCGCUGCCCGCUACGCCAGCCGAUAUGAGCGCAUCCAGUCGUGCGAGGGAGAGCAGGGACCGUCGUUCGGGGGCGAGUACCAGGAGCCUAGCACUCUGCUGCGCCUGAGGCCAGAGUCUGUGCUCACCACUGACAGCUCGGCUCUGCUGUUAAACAACCCAGCCUAUCACCUCUUACUGUCCGCAAACUCACCCCAGCCCCCAGCAGGCAACCCGGGAGGGCAGGCCAAGCCAAUCAACACUGACGUCUAUGGCGCUGGCUACAUGGAACCGGAACUGUUGAAGGCCCCGCCCCCUUACGGGUUCCCCAGCAGAGCCCCGCCCCCUUGCAUGGCCCCCUCCUCAUACAGUGUCCCUCAUUACGCAGAGGCUGACAUCAUCAACCUGCAGGGUGUCACCGGCAACAACACCUACGCUGUUCCCGCGGUAACCGUGGACGCGCUGGCCAGCAAGGACAUCGGGGCGGGGGAGUUUCCACGGGAACACCUCGUCUUCAAGGAGAAACUUGGGGAGGGGCAGUUCGGAGAGGUGCACCUGUGUGAGAUCGACAGCCCACAAGACCUGGUCAGCUUGGAGUUUCCCUUUAAUAUCCGCAAAGGGCGCCCUCUGCUGGUGGCUGUCAAGAUACUGCGUUCUGAUGCCACCAAGAAUGCCAGGAAUGAUUUCCUGAAGGAGGUGAAGAUCCUGUCCCGGCUGAAGGACCCCAAUAUCAUCAGGCUGCUAGGUGUGUGUGUGAGGGACGACCCACUGUGCAUGAUCACAGAGUACAUGGAGAGCGGCGACCUCAACCAGUUCCUGAGCCAGCGCCAGCUCCAGGACAAAGCCAGCAGCGCCAGCAGCAUGCCGACUAUCAGUUACAUGGCUCUGAUCUCCAUGACUUCCCAGAUCGCCUCUGGGAUGAAGUACCUGGCCUCCCUGAACUUUGUUCAUCGAGACCUGGCCACUCGGAAUUGCCUGGUGGGCGAGGGCGACACCAUCAAGAUCGCCGACUUUGGGAUGAGCCGCAGCCUCUACACCAGCGACUACUAUCGCAUCCAGGGCCGCGCCGUGCUGCCUAUACGCUGGAUGGCCUGGGAGUGCAUCCUCAUGGGGAAGUUCACAACAGCGAGUGACGUGUGGGCGUUCGGUGUGACGCUGUGGGAGAUGCUGCUUCUGUGUAAGGAGCAGCCCUACAACUGGCUGACCGACGAGCAGGUGAUAGAAAACGCCGGGGAGUUCUUCAGAGACCAGGGCAAGCAGAUAUACCUGCCCCGGCCAGAGAUCUGCCCCCAGGGCUUGUUUGACCUGAUGCUGCGCUGCUGGAGUCGGGACUUCAAGGACCGCCCUUCGUUUGUGCAGAUUCAGCGCUUCCUCCUGGAGGAGGCUAUGAACAUGGUGUAAGCAGGGAGCUGGGGCCCGGGGCUCUGCAGGCUGGCCUGGGGUCCUGGGAGUCCCCCCAUCUCUCCUUUUAAUCCGAUCUAGAGGUGGCAGGGGUGCUCUCUCUGCAACAGACUGGCGCUGGUGGUGGUGGGGCAUUUUCAACUGGAUCUUCAAUUCCUUCUGUGUCUUCGAGUCUUGCAAACCUUGAUGCAGGCUUUAUUACUAUUAUAAAUCAGAUGGACUUCACAAAGCAGCACCUUCAGUGAUUUCAGUCUGGUCAGGUUAGGUGUUGGACACAAGCAGUGUACUAUCUCGAGGAGGAUAAGCACUCCCUUAUAUGGAAAUCUAGUGGAAGGGAAAUAGGGGUUAACAUGCAUUGCUUGGACACUUUGUUUUGUGAGUGGCAGAGGAAGCAAAAAUCAAAUGAAGCAGAUUGUUUUUUAGGGAGAGAUCCUCCCAGCCUUACGCACUUACUGCCAGGACACACACUGGACAACGGACACUGGAUGCUGUAAGAGGUAAGCCUCGUUGCAUCGCUAUUGCAGCCUGAUUUCAAUUGUAAGCCAUGGUUGCUAAAGCAAGACCAGAUUUUAUUCUGCUUUGCAAAAGUAACUGGCCGGAGUUAUUAGUUCGACACUGGAUUUCUAAAUAGUUUUGUUUUUUCACAUCAUCUGAAGACAAAACAGUGUUCCUUGACCACAUUUUAUUGUUUGCUUCUAAUGGAAAUCUGAUUCAACUUCUGCUCGUCUGACCAGGAUGUGAACCCAGUCAGAUCUGGGUCUCAUUUCUCGGAAGACAGUCACUCUCUCUAGGUCUGUUUUUAACGAUCUAAACGAUAAAGGAUCUAAAUACUGUCACACUCAAACUCUCCUGCUCCCGAUUCCCCCAGUCCUGGUGAUCUAGUGGCCUGGUAUUAAAAUCAGCCACUGUUCAAUUAAGAAACCCCUACAGUCUUAUAUGUAUCUAUAACCAUUAAUUAUACAGUAUCCCAUGGGCGGCCAAAGUUGGCAAUUCCAUUCCUGGUCUUUGUUCCAACCCUGUUCUAAGGUGUUUUAAUUGAAACUAUUUUAACCCUCCAUCCAGACCCU